AUGGGGGUGGUGAUCGAGCGGGAGGAGUGGGCGCUCACCCCCGUCGCCUACCCGCUCCUCUCCGCCGCCGCGCUCGCCGCGGUGCUCCUCCUCCCUUACUUCUCCGCGAGGACAGCGGCGCACGCCACCGGGUCCUCUUCCCCCUUUGACGUGGGCACCGCCCCCUUCCUCCGGUUCCGCCGCGCCUUCCUCGUCCUCUUCUCCCUCGCGUCCGUGGUUGAAGGGAUCCAUUCCGUGUUCGGGGAGGAUGAGUUCGUGCGGUGUGGGCUUGGCAGGGAGCAGAUGGCCGCGCGCCUUGCCUCUGCCACUUCAGCUGCGCUGUUCCCCGGUGCCAUUUCUGGCGUCAUCUCUGACAAAAUAGGACCACGAAGGGCUUGCAUAUUGUACUGGGUACUUCAGCUUGCAGUAGGUGUUGUGAAGAGUUUCAGUGUGCUUCGUUGUUCAUGGAUCAACAAUUUCAUUCUGGCUUUUGCUUCUUCAGUGUUCUCUUUCUGUUUUGAGACGUGGCUUGUGCUGGAGCAUGAGAAGCAAGACCAGAAGCAAGAUCUGCUGUUUGAUACCUUCUGGCUGAUGACAUUCUUUGAAUCGGUGUCCCUUAUUGGAAGUCAAGAAAUUACAAAUGUAUUGUUUAGCGAUGAUGACACUAGAUUCUUGCUCCCCUAUGCAUUUGCAGCCACACUAUCGGUAGUGGGGAUUCUGUAUAUCAGAAAUGCAUCAAGUACCAGUCAGAGUACCAGUCAACAUGCAUCUGCCAUUGGGAGCUACCAAAAAUCAUUUUUUGCCCAUGUCCUCAGAGACAAAAGAGUACUGAUCCUGGUCUUAGCUCAAGCAAGCAUCCAUUUUGCUGUCUCAACCUUUUGGCUUCUCUGGGCACCAACCAUAGUGGCUGACGGAAGGUAUGCUCAACUGUCAGUAAUUUACCCCUGUUUCUUGGCAUCAAGAAUGCUUGGAAGUGCUGGUUUUCCAUGGUUUUAUGGAGCUGCAGCUCCCUUCCGGAAUGAGGACAGCUUAACAAUAGCUUACAUUGGUGCUGGACUCGCUUUGUCUACUGUGGCUUAUGAUUACCAGGAGAUUGGACCACUUGUGAUAGUGUUCUGCAUCUUCCAUGCAUGUGUGGGCUUUAUUUUACCUUCACUAGCAAGAUUGAGAACAAUGUACCUACCAAAUGAACUGCGUGGGGGCAUGAUGAGCUUUUCACUGUCACUAGCAAAUGCCGCCAUCUUCGUUUUCUUGUUACAGGGCGCCCACCAUCGACGCGUCACAAAUUCAACCAUCCUGAGUCUUGCGUCCUAUGGCCUGUUAGGAGCUGGGGGUUGCAUUCAUAUGUUGAGGAGGUGGAGAAAGCACACUCGGCAGAAUGCCCGUAGUUUGUAG